CGCGGGCCGCGGGGUAGCCGGGGCAGGGCACCGAGCCUCAGGCCCCGUCCCUGCGCCCCGCCCGGCCCCCUCCGGGGCUGCUGUGCAGCCCACUCAGCCAUCCUGGCCUGGAGGCGCCGUCCAGGGGCUUCGCGCCGAAGCCUGAGCCGCCCCGGGCCUUCCGGAGCCUUCUCGGACUUUCCAGGCGUCCUGGACCUUCUGGUGCCUUUCUGGGCCUUGUUGGGCUCCUUGACUCUCCCGGGGCCUUUUCCGAGGCCUCCCGGCCCUUCCCUGGGCCUCUCCAGCCUGAGCGCUCCGCGAGGCGGCCAGUAGGCCUCUGGCACCCAGGCCUAGCCCACCCGCCUCGGCCCCCACCGCCUGCUGUCAUCCAGCCAGGAGCACUGCCCCGAUGAGCACGCUGGGUUCCAGACCAGUACCUGGGCCAUUGUGACUCUCAGAAUGCCGGGCAAUAAGAGGUCAGAAAGUCCGCUCCACCUUGUCUUGGAGACAGAGGAAAGCUUGCCGGGAGAACAAUCGCAAGCCCCUCCUCUCCUCAUGUUCUCCGUUUGUUCUUCUCCGUGACGCCACCGGCCAUCAUGAGAACAGCCAGCAGCAGCUCCCGCGAGGUAAAAUUUUCACUCCUUGACAAGUGUGAGAAACCAAAAAACUAUGCCCAGCCAGAAGUUUUGUGUCACACCUUUGAGGUACUGUCUAACCUCCACAAGCUGCUUCCUAAUCACCUGAUGGAGAAGCUUUAUUCUUACAAGAGUGAAGAGGACAAGAAAAAAUGUGAGAAUCCUGAACUCUCUGGCUUAGAAAGAAUCUUAGCAAGACACCAGUUGCCAAAAGAGAUUAAUGUGACCCCAAAGCCGAACAGAAUGCCCCCGUGGAAAAGAAAAAUCAUCAACAAUGUAACUGAUUCGUGGAAGAAAUGUCACUUGUUGAAGAGAAACACGAAAGAGCCUCCCAUGUCGACCAUAGUUGUCAGAAAACUUACUCAAAAAAAUGUACCCAGAAGACACAGCCGAAGGAAUAUAAGCAGGAAACUGAGAAAACUGCCAACAGCAGCUAAAGGGACACAAACAGGAAAGUCACAGUGCCUUUUGGGUAUAUCAGAACCUACCUGAAGUUCGUAAACUAUAAACAAUGAAUACUCAACUCUGUUGUAUGAAGUAGCCACAAUUACCAACCUUCCUGCAGAAAUCAAACAAGUGAUACGAUAAAAUAGGAAUGAUGCUGAAACUCUACAGCUUUUGUAUGAAACACAUAGAAGAAGAAAAGAAAAACAAGACAAACUCCAAGGGCAGGCUCCACCUGACUAGAGGAUUCCAAUGACGAACUCAAACUGGACACCAAAUCCACAUAGUUCUGCCGAGCAGUUUCCUGACGGGAAGAUGACAAACAGCCUUAGCCCAUGGUCAACGAAUAAGCGCUUUGAGAAAGUUACUAUACUAAUAAAUAGCACCUUGCAAUGAAGAAUAGACGCACAUCAAGACCUCGAAGGCUCCAUUUAUAACGGCUUAAUGAGAAGCACCAAACUUCUUUAGAAAUACAGCAAAUAAAAGCAGAGUAACUAGUAAAUUCA